UGACGCCGCCUUGCCUCCUUGUAGUCCACCUCUACAGCAUGCAAAUUACCGAGCAACUCCAAUAUAUCGCAGAUUGGUUAACUACACAGAGCGCGCGGCGCAGCGCGAGAACAGGGUACGGCACGCGCUGGCAUUGUAUUUUUAUUUUAUUUUAAGUUGACCUUAGAAGCAUAAUUAGAAAAAAGAGAGAUGAAAGAAUAGCCCCGCUUUAAUGGCAACAAUGUUUUAACACUGUCGCCUCGAACCUGCAACUUAAUCCUAAUUGACUGUGGAGAGACUGGAAGGAGGAAGGCUGCGGGCAGCUCAUCAUCCCGGGACCGGAGUGAAACCUCACCGCAAAGCGUCCUGGUGUAUCGGAAUAAUUAAGCGUGUGUGUGAGUGUGUGUGAGGAACCGCAAAGGAAAAGGGAGAGGACUGACGGAACCUGUGAAGUUUUGUAGUGUGUCAGCCUGUUUUAUAAGGAGCUUCGUGGACUGUAGUGAAACUGUUAGGCUGCGCGUCCCCCCUCUCCUCUUUUUAAAGGUGGUGGGUUACCCGCAUUAACUGAUGGACCAAGUACAGUGAAAUUUGGACUUAAACAUCGUCUUUCUUCAACAGUUUUAUCCGAUUUCUCAGGCCGAAAUGCUGCCCUGUGUCAUUUUCAUCGGCUUGUUUCUCGCUGCGGUCCAAUCCCAAGAUAUCCAUCCCUCAGAGGCAUCAUCCUCCAUUAGUGAGUCUUGUGACUCCUUGUGCUCUUGCGAGAGAAAAGACGGCAUCUUUCAUCUUAACUGCGAGCAGAGAAACAUCAGCAAAAUCUCCCAAAUCAAAGUCCCAGCAGGUGUGCCCUUCCACCUGAACCUUUACAAGAAUGACUUGGUUGAGCUCCGUGCUGAGGAAAUGGAAGGGCUUAAGAGUGCCCUUUCACUGCACAUCGGGGGUAAUAGUAUACAAGAGCUGGAGCCAGGGGUCUUUAGCACUUUCGGUUCGCUGAAAAAACUCCAUAUAAAUAGCAAUUUCCUCGUCACACUGAAAGAGGACACUUUUCAAGGCCUGGUGAAUUUGGAAUUUCUCCAAGCUGACACAAAUUUCAUACGGGUCAUCGAGCCAGGGGCCUUCAACAAACUGAUCCGCCUCAAGGUCCUCAUUCUCAAUGACAAUUCCAUCGAGUUUUUACCCAGCAACAUUUUCCGAUUUGUACCACUCACCCACUUGGACCUGCGUGGCAACAAGCUCCAGACACUGCCCUAUGUCGGCUUUUUGGAGCAUAUUGGGCGCAUAAUGGAACUCCUCCUAGAAGACAAUGACUGGGUCUGUAACUGUGACAUUUUACAUUUAAAAAUCUGGAUGGAGAACAUGAGAGCCCAAUCAUCAAUCAGCGAUGUGAUCUGCACCACACCACAUGACCUCAAGGGGUCCAUUCUGGCAAAGGUGAAGCGGGACAUCCUCUGUCCAUCCCACGCCAAUAUUCCCUUAGAGGAGCCGUCAAAGUCACUGGAUAUGGUUGUUACUCCCUCAUCCAAAGUAGCUCAGAUUCCCAAGUUGGUCAAUGCCAAGGAUGACGGCAGAAUCCCGACACCAUCUCACAUUCCCAGCAGUCCUUGUGUGGAGCAUUGUUCUUGUCACAAUCACCCCGUGGCUGGGUUCUUGAUGCAUUGUCAAGACCGAGGAAUUCAAAAGGUGUCAGAUAUCGGAAUACUUAAGGAAAGCCCAACUAAGCUCGUUAUGACGGGAAAUAUGAUUCAGAAACUUCUGAAGUACGACUUUGUAACAUAUGAUAGUUUAGAAUUGCUCAACUUGGCAAACAACAGAAUCGAUUACAUUGAUAAUGAAACUUUCCUCAGCUUAAGCAGCUUGAAAAAGCUCUACUUAAACGGCAACAGAAUUGAAAAGCUUUUCUCUACCAUGUUUGUAGGACUGCACAACCUUGAAUACCUAUAUCUGGAAUACAACCUCAUCAAAGAGAUUGCACCAGGCACAUUUAAUCCCCUGCCAAACCUGAAGCUGCUGUCAUUAAAUAACAACCUGCUCAGCUCUCUUCCAGCGCAGAUAUUUCGCAACGUGCCUCUCGCCAAAUUAAACCUGAGAAAAAACCUGCUUAUGCACCUGCCAGUGAGCAACGUGCUCGAUCAACUCGACUCGCUGGAGCAGAUUUAUUUAGAGGACAACCCCUGGGACUGCAGCUGUGACUUGCUCAGCCUCAAACAAUGGGUAGAGAAACUGAGAAAGGACACAGUGGUGGGCUCCAUUUUGUGUCACAUGCCAAAGAAAGUGAUGCAGACCGACCUGAGAAGCCUUCAUCAUGAGGUGCUUUGUCCCGGUUUAGGGACCUACCACCCAUUGCCCUCAAAUGAAGAGAGUGUGACAGCCACCCUGGGGCCCAACAGCGAUGAGAGGAGUCUCCUCAUCUCACUCACAGACACUAUCCCACUGUCUGUGCUCAUUUUAAGCCUUCUUGUUUUUGUCCUCAUGGUCAUAUUCUGCUCGGCUGGGCUGGUGGUGUUCGUCGUGCAUCGGCGACGGCGGAGGGCGAAGAAAAAAGCAGCAGAGGAGCAGCCACGAGAAAACACCAGCAGUAGCUCCCCCAUUCACUUGCAUUACAGCAUGUAUGGGCAGAAAACCACUCACCAAACUCUGACACAGAGGACGGGGUCCACCACUCUGUACGAGGACAGGUCGCACAGUCCCAUCGUGCAGAUCUGCCGCAACCCUACCUACUGCUCUCAGCACAAGGAGCACGACGCCGAUAUGGAUUAUAACCUCGACGAGCCCAGCUCCAAGCAUCACCUCUGCCGGAGCAUCAUGGAGAAGGAGAACACGUCGCCCCUCACGGGAAACCCCAGCUCAAAGUUCAGAUCCAUGCCCGGAGAGUGCCCCGCGGAGUUUGUCACUCUCAGCAACCCCAACUCCUUGUACAGGAACAUUCUGGAGAGGGAGAAGGAGCUGCAGCAGCUGGGAAUAACAGAAUACCUGAGAAAAAAUAUGCCUCAGCUUCAGCCUGCUGUAGACAUGCAGGUUCCAGGGCACCAGGAGGAGGUGAAACUAAUGGAGACAAUUAUGUACUCAAGACCGCACAAGGUCAUGCUUGAGCAAACAAAAAACGAGUACUUUGAACUCAAAGCUAACCUGCAUACUGAACCAGACUAUUUGGAAGUUCUGGAGCAUCAAACUGCAUUUAACUGAGCUUACGAAG